UAUCAUUUUAUGCAAACAUUUGUGUGAUAAAAGUGGAAACCUCUUGGUAAUUGUUCGAAGAGCCCUAAAGAGAAACUGUCACUUGCUCUUACGGCCUUCUGAAAAAUCAACCGAGGUAUGAGAUGGCUAUUCCGGCCGAGAUGAACGGGGGUACCAUUACCCUAAAUCUAUAUAUUGUGGACAAUAUUUAGGUCGGUCGACAAAAAAACAAAUACGCCUGUAUAUAUUUUAAUGGUGUAGUUGAAGUCGAUAUACAAUGGAUUUACCAUCUUACCCAGGGGUCUACAAAUAUUGUAUUUGCUUUUUAUGAAUCUAAUAUUGAAUUGAAAUUCAGUUUUUCCUGCAUAAUGUAUAGCAAAAACAGUUCCAAUAUUACAGUAUAUUAUCAGAAAAAGUUCCCAAACACUUAAAAAAAAAUAAGAUGUAAUAUGAACAGUGCACUUAUUAACAAGGUUGCUGAUUAUUUGCUUUUAAUUUCCUAUGUGAGCAUUUGCCUUCCCCUCACUGGCGAAUGUUUGUGUAAUCUGUGAGUAAGAAAACCGUUCAUAGUAACCGAAAAUGCAGUGAAACUGAUAGCGGUCGUAAAGGAAUUUUUGUUUACUAUGGCCUAAAAUUUCUACAUCAAUCGAAAUUUGUGCAAUUGUCUGCAGAUCGAUGCAAUAGAAAAUGUGAACGUUCUGGUGUAUAGAUCGCGUAAAUAAGCUAAUAAAUCUAAAUAGUAAUUAAAUUAAGGCAUCGAACGUCAUCUGUGGCUUGUUUUUCCUUUUCCUGCUGUUUUCUUUCGGACUUUGAGAAGGAAGUCCUCUGCUUCAAAAUAGGCACCAUUAGCGUAAGGCGAAGAUUUGAGCAUCCCAUCGGCAUGAACAAGAUCUUGCUGGUGCUGAUCAUUGCCAGUGGGUUUCUUCUAAUUAUCUACGCCAACAGCAGUAUCUUCAACCGGCGGAACAUUUUGAUGAUAUUCCAGCAAAAGACUGAUUCGGUAGGGAGAGGGGAAGGAACAGGAGGAGUACAUCCGGAUGUGUUAGAUAAUAGCCAUCAGGGUUUGAUGGAAUCAGCGGGAAAAUCGGUUUCGUCACCGUUUUUCAGCGCCGCUCGGUUCAACGAACUGAAACGAGUCAAGUACAUUCCGAAGGAAAACAAUGCCACCGAAUACAACAUUUUUAUUAUCUACACGAAGGAAAGUCAGAAUGUGAUCCUGAAAAGCAAGUUUGAGCUGUUUCUGAAGAGUUUGCUGAAAUACACGACUAUUCCGAUGCACCUGCAUGUGAUAACCGACGAGCAGAGCGAAACGUCGGCGGAGGAGUUGAUCCGGGAGCAGAUCAAUCACUACCGGAAGGUGGUGUUUUAUACGCUGUACGAUGUGAAAGAUUGCGCCGAGAAGAUAAGCGAUAUCGUGAAAAACAUGCUGCCACUGUUCAACUAUAAAACGGGAAGUUAUUACAGUGAUGCCCUGUUCUUGAUAUCGCUCGGUUUGCAUCGUAUUGUGGACGUCAAUAUGAAACGUGCCAUUCUGAUCGACUGCGACGUUGUGUUUCGGUCCUCGGUGAAGGAACUGUUCGAUCAGUUCGACCGCUUCGGUCCGGAACACCUGUUCGGGUUGGCUCCGGAGCUGACUCCGGUUUAUCUGCACAUUUUGUUCAAGUAUCGAGCACAGAACCCGCACACGCUCUUCGGGACACCGUACUACUUGAACAAAACGGCAGUGAUCGGAAAUUCACUGGGUGGAUUUUUCAGCCGAAACGCCAAGAAAACGAAACACGGCUAUCCGGGAUUGAACUCCGGUGUGGUGAUGUUACGGCUGGAUCGAAUUCGCCAGUCCCGACUGUACGAGGAAGUGAUCAAGGCGGAAUCGGUGAAGAACAUGGUGGAGAAGUACGCAUUCAAGGGCCAUCUGGGGGAUCAGGAUUUUUACACUUUGAUGGGGUUCGAGUUUCCCGGGUUGAUCUACCGAUUGGACUGCGUUUGGAACCGACAGCUGUGCACCUGGUGGAGGGAAAAUGGUUACGGUAAUGUAUUCGAUAGCUAUUUCCACUGCGAGGGCGCGGUCAAGGUAUACCACGGGAACUGCAAUACCCGUAUUCCGGAGUAGGCGACGGGUGCGGGACGGAGAGGGUUUGUUUUUUAUUAUCUGCGAAAAAAGAAAUUGAAGGUCGAUCUCGGUUUAAUUGUUUACCGUUCGGGAAUCAUUUUAAUGUUGAAUUUUAAUUUUCGUUAACUGCAUUUCGUUCCCGGUUCCAACUAAUCCUAUGACCUAUGACUAUUGAUAUCUCUCAUUUCUAUCGCACAAUUGUAAAGCCAUAGGAACUGCAUUUACUGCUACUAACUACUAGUUUAAUACCUGAUCUAAUAAGCUUCCAGUGCUAUGUAGCAUACGUUAUUUUAGUUCGACGUAAACUCUCUCGUAGUGGAACUUUCGAUGAGACGACGACGGUCCAUUACGUUUUACAAAUUCAAAUAUUCUCAUUAACAAAAACAUUCCUUGUUUAAUAUCUUUGUGAUCUCAUUUUAAGAAAAUGAUUUAUUUUUAUUUAGUGAUAAUUCUACUAACUACAACACAUAUCUUAUAGAACAUUGUUUAAUCUUACUAUCGUACUACAUACAAAACAUAGCUGAAGACUAUGGCGUCGCUGCAAUACGCUAGAAAAUCUCGACGUUUGUUCGAAACAUUUGCAAUGAUUUCUUUUAAGCUUGUUUUUUGUUAACAAAUAUGAAACAUUUUAUCUAUCGACCUAAUAAAACUCCGAGGCGCACGAACAGCGCGGGAGUGAGUGUUACUUAUUUUGAAUGAUUUUAUUAUACGUACUACAUUCGUUUUAGUCUUCUAGAACUUCCGUUUUAAAAGUGAUAGGUUAAGUUUAUAAUUUUAAAAUUUUCUCAAUUCGACAGUGAAAAUCCUACAAAAGACGUUUGUAGCAGCCUGGUGGGCAUAGCAAAGCUCUAGAUAAGUGUUUAUGAAACCGAUAAUAAAGUAGGACUUGUUCGUGUUGAGUAGGAAACUGAGGUACAAUAAGAAAAGAAGGUAGGAACUAAAUUACGGUUGUUAGUAGUAACAGAAAAAAAGUAGUAACAAAAUGAUGAUCAAUAGCUAAACGAAGGUGUGCAGUAGUAUUCAAAGGAAUCAUCAAAAGUCGACUGCAAUAAAAUCGCGUUAUUGCGCAAAUGCUUUGUUUGAUGCCGGAGCUAAACGGAGGACAGAAUA